AUGUCAAUGAGUGAACAGAGUAAAACAGAAAAUCGGAUAUUUGUGACUGGAUACUCAACAAAAGAUAAAAAUGAAGAGGAUAUCAAAAGCCUUUUUUCUAAGUAUGGUGAAAUCAUUGAAUUCUCUUGGAAGGGUCGUUUUUGUUUCAUAGCUUAUUCAAAAGCAGAAGAAGCUACAGAAGCUGUGAAUGAGAUGAAUUAAAAAGAUUAAGAUGGCAACACUUUCGUUGUAGAGAUAGCCAGAGCCAAAAAAAAAGAUGGUGAAUGCUACAAAUGCGGAAGAAUAGGACAUUUUGCUCGAAAUUGUAGAUAAAAAGGAAGAUCAUCAAGUUCAAGUUCAAGACGACAUAAAAGAAAGGUCAAGAGACACAGAAGAAGAAGUCCAUCCAGUUCAUCCAGUUCUUCUUCAUCUUCUUCAUCUAGAGAUAGAAAGAAGAAAUAGAAAAAACCAAAAAAAGGAAAGGAAUCUUCAUCAUCAAGUGAUUGA